AUGUACCAACCCUUGAAUAUAGACAAAUCAACAACCGGAGAAAAGGAUGACAGGAAAGCCCAAUCUCCUGCUGCCAUAUUUUACUUUAUUCUGAUUUCUUAUCCACUCAGGUCUCAAAGUCGUUUCCAAGAAAUUCCUUCUUGCGACACCCUAACACAGGAAGAGUUUGUGGCAUGCUUGGAACGGAUCAAGGAUGCGAUCAAGGAUACUCUUGCAAACGAAGAACACAUCAAUGACCCCGCCGAGCUUGCUCUUGACAGGCUUGCUGUCUCACUUGAUUGGGUGCUGAUAACGGCUGUGUUUUCCAUGCUACUGGGCGUGUCGUACUUGCGGUCAUCUGCUUUCGCAGUGUUUGGGGAUGCAAAAACACACGAACUUUAUUUAAAACUGAUUGAAAUCACGCACGAUACGGCCACGAAUGAUAUUCUUCACAGCCUGUUGGCACAAACGUCUAAAUCGCCUCUAUACACAUUCUCCCGCAGGCUUGUACAGACCAGCAUCUUAUCAAGCUGCUUCUUCACAUUCCUCGCAAUACUGGGUAAACUCUCCAUGGGUCGGAACGAUCUCUGCCUUAACAUGACAGCUCGCCGCAAGUCUCGGAGGCAACCUUUCCUUAGGCUGUCGCCAUUCGUGUCGAGGGGACUCAUGCUGAUUCUCAAACCAUUGCCAAGUAUCUUCAUAUUAAACCAACUUCUUCUUGGCAUAGCAUUCGUCGUUGCGCGUUACCUCCCUUUAUAG